UGAUAGUUUACUGUAGAUGCUGGGUCUAGAGACUACCUCAUAUGUACAUUAUGAAUAAAGGCUGACCAGACGAAUAAUGUCAGGGAGACCAAUACAACAAAAUCAUGAACAGCUAUAGAAAAUUACUAGGAUCUAGUAACAUAUGAUGAUGGAUGGGAGCGGAAACAAGGCUCGACAGCUCCUGAUUGGCCGAAGGGUGCUUGCUGCCGGACAGCGUUAGUGUGAACAGGUGACUUGGACCUGAGACGCCGAGUCCAGACGGGAGCGCAAUUGCGAUAGUCCGUCUGCGCGGAGUAAAGUUUUUGAAGAAUUUAAAAAUUUCUGAUCGCGUCUUCUCCAUCUAUCUUCCCUACUUCUACAAUCAUCUCCCCCCCAUUUUUUCCCGUCGGGUUUCGCAUAGAAUUGCCCCCCGAAUCGUAUCUUCAAAGCUUCUCUUACCCCUUUUCUCGCCAUUUUAAAUCGACCGAGCUUAGGUCCUCGUCGCCGUCAUGUCCACCGACUUUGGAGCUUCGUUGCUUGAUCGCCUCCAGGGAUCCGAGCCUACCGAGGCGCAAUUGAAGAAGAUGUCUUUCCUCGAAGAGAAGCGCUCUCGCAUUGACGUCGAUUGCCUUCGUGACAACACCCUAAAAAUGCGUGAUUGGUACGACGAGCGUGAUGCCUUCGUCAACGGAAACGAUGAGAUCAAGGAGAACUUCUGGGUUCGCGUCUUCGCCAAUGCCCCCAGCGAGAUCGAUCAGUACAUCAUGACCCCUGACGCGGCCGCUCUAGGCUCUACCCUCAAGAACCUGAAAGUGGAACGAUUCGAGCUUAACGAGCAGGGCCAGGGUGAGCCCCGCAGCAUUCGUUUGACCUUUGAAUUCCGCACUGGCGAGGAAAACCCUUUCUUCGAGAACGAGAAGCUCGUCAAGGAGCUCUACUGGCGCAGGAGGUCCGUCAAGACCGCCGAUGGCAAGACCAAGUCCUGGGAGGGUCUUGUCUCCGAGCCGGUUCGCAUUCAGUGGAAGAAGGAUAUGGAUCUCACCAAGGGUUUGCUCGACGCGGCUUGCGAUCUGGCCGAGGCCGAGAAGGGUGGAAAGGACCGCAAGAAGCUCCCGGAGUUGGAGAAGCUGAAGAACAAGAUUGUUGAACUGGAGACGACUGCCGACCAGGAGGAGGAUGAGGAUGAGGAUUUCCCCCUUAGCCCCGCAGGCGCAAGCUUCUUCGCCUUCUUCGGCUACCGGGGUAACGACGUAUCUGCAGAGGAGUCGAAGGCCGCUACCCAGCAAGCUGACGAGCGCUUUGCCAAAUUGUCGAAAGGAGAGACAGUUGAGGAUGAGGAAGAAGAGGAGGACGAAGAAUUCGAAGACAUUGAGGUCUUCCCAGACGGAGAGCAGCUUGCUAUCGCUAUUGCUGACGAUUUGUGGCCCCAUGCUCUCGAACUUUUCAAUCGCGAUGAGGGGAUGGAUAUCGAGGAACUCGAGGGCGACCUUGAAGACGAAGACGAGGAUGACGAAGACGAGGAAGAUACACGCCCCAAGAAGAAGACCAAGGUGUAAGCCUGUGAAAUCAUCUUUUUGACCGACUGAUUCGUAUGACGAUUUGUAUUUUGAACUUUUUUGCUUGGUUUCUUACAGGGCGAUGACCAGGAUUAAUAAUAGGACAAGCACGAAAAUGAGAACGGCGAUGCAAAACGAGGACAUUGUAUCUAUGUAAUAUUCAGUUAGCCUUGAUAUCAAAAGCAAAUAAUAAGGGGCGGGAUGGUGCGACGAAACAAUGAAGUAAUACCUACCUUCGUU